AGUAUUGUGUGUGUGUGUGCACGUAAAAUAAGUAACGGGGCCAUGGCACCGCAACAAGGCAACAACGGUUCAAAAAGAGUUGAAUUUUUAAUUUGUCCAGCAUGUUCCUUGAAGGUUCCUCGAUAGACUGCAACGCCGUAUUAUCUACUCAUUAUUUUGGAUACUAUUAAAUGAGUGAUUUACAUAGUUGAUCUUUGAUCUCGAAAAUUAUUCUCUACAAUUUUCUCUGUUCUACCAGGUACUACUUCUCGCUACUCCUUAUCCCUUUAUUAUUAGAUUAAACUCGUAGUCAAUUAGUCAACCAGCAAGUUUCAAUUUUUAUGAUAUUGCGUUCGUUUUCCCUUUGAUUGUUCUUCAUUUAGCUUGUGGGUUGUCUUUUGUUUCAUUGAUUGUUGUAGAUCUGUGUUUUAGGACGAUUAAUAUUUCAUACCCACCACUUGUUUGAUCUUUUGUCUGAAAGAAAAAACAGACUAAAACCCUUGUUCCUCUGUUUUUCUGAUGUAUCCUGUUCUUGUUGAUCCUGAACUCGUAAGCCAUGAACUCAAAUAUAACCCAGAUUUGAUUUCAAACUUUAACACCCAUCAUCAGAACUUUGGAAAUGGGAUCAGCCAAGGUGAAAUCUUUGAAAACCAUGAUUUGGUUGACCAAAAAACCUCAUCAGUUGACUUUAGUGAUAGUUGCAUAACAUCUGAUGUACCUGAUUUUUCUGAUGCUUGCCUCAAGUUUUUAAGUGAUAUUCUGUUGGAAGAGAAUUUGGAUGAAGUCCCUGCUACUGUACAAGAUUACAGGGCUCUCCAAGCCACUGAGAAAUCUUUAUAUGAUGCUUUAGGAGAGGAAUAUUCACCGUCUGAUAACCCUGCAUCAUAUUUGGAUCCAAGUGUUGAGAACCCAGAUGUUGUUUUGGGUAGGAUUUGGGAUGAUAGUUUUGGGAUUGAGGGUUAUUCCAAUGGUGAUACCACUGUUGAGUCCCACUGGGUAAACCAAACACCAUCAGAACCUUUCUUGAGCUUGAAUGAUCUUUCUCAAUCUUUCUUGGAGCUGAAUUCGCCAUCAUCGGGGUCGGGGUCGGGGUCGAGUAAUAGUGAUGAUUAUACGGAUGGGGUAGCUACCUCUCCUGCCAGCACACUUUCAUCAGUUGCUCCAGAGAAAGAAAAAAAGGCGGUGAGUCGGUCAACGAGAAAGAAAAACCAUCAAAGAGAUGAUGAUGGUUUAGGAGGAGGGAGGAGUAGCAAGCAUCAAGCAUCGUCGAAUGAAGACUAUGUUGAGAUGAAACAGUAUGAUGAUAUACUACUUUGCAGGGAAGAAAAUGAUGAUGUUGCUGGUGGUGAUAAAGAAUCCUCACCAAAUGAAGUGAGCAAGAAGUUACAGGGAAAAGGGUCGAAGGGUAAAACAACUCGUGGAAAGAAGCAGAAUAAUGUAGUGGAAGAGGUGGAUCUGAGGACUCUUCUGACUCAAUGUGCUCAAGCAGUUGCAAGCUUUGAUCUUAGAAGUGCAAAUGAGCGGCUUAAGCAAAUAAGGCAGCAUUCUUCACAAUACGGUGAUAGCAUCCAGAGGCUUGCUCAUUAUUUUGCUAAUGGUCUUGAGGCACGUUUAGCUGGUACGGGUUCAACAGUAUCUGGUAAUAUUGUUGAUGCUCGUAUCUCAUCAUCAGAUUUCUUGAAAGCUUACAGGGUAUAUGUUUCAGCUAUUCCUGGCAAAAGGAAGUCAUUUUUUCUGGCUAACACGGCAAUCUUGAAGUUGGCUGAGAAAGCAACAACAAUCCACAUAAUUGAUUUUGGAGUGUUAUUGGGUUUGCAAUGGCCUUGCCUCAUACAGAAUCUUGCAAAAAGACCUGGUGGCCCGCCUAAACUACGCAUUACUGGAAUAGAUUAUCCUCAGCAAGGGUUCCGACCAGCAGAAAGGGUUGAGGCAACAGGGCGUCGUUUGGCAGGUUACUGUGAGAGGUUUAAUGUGCCUUUCCAGUAUCAGCCCAUUGUACAGAAGUGGGAAAGCAUAAAGCUUGAAGAUGUUAAAAUUGAAGGUGAUGAGUUGGUAAUUGUCAACUGUUUGUUUCGGUCUGGGUCAUUACUUGAUGAAACUGUUGAGGUAGACAGUAAAAAGGAUGCUUUCUUGAGGUUAGUAAGAAAGAUAAAUCCCCGCGCAUUCAUUCAUGGGGUUGUGAAUGGGACGUACAAUGCUCCAUUCUUCAUCACCCGAUUCAGAGAGGCACUGUUCCAUUACUCUGCCAUAUUUGAUAUAUUUGAAGAAACAAUUCCGCGUGAAGACCAUGAAAGGCUGCUGAUUGAGGGUGAGGUGUAUGGAAAAGAAGCUUUGAAUGUGAUAGCAUGUGAGGGGGCUGAGAGGAUGCAUAGGCCUGAAACAUACAAGCAGUGGCAGGUGAGGACAACAAGGGCUGGAUUUAAGCAGCUGCCAUUUGACAGAGAGUUUGUGAGUAGAGCAAAGGCCAUGGUAAAAGCUAAUUACCACAAGGAUUUUGUAGCAGAUGAGGAUAGAUAUUGGAUGCUACAAGGUUGGAAAGGAAGAACACUUUGCGCUCUUUCCAUUUGGGAACCUUGUUGAAAACAGCCUCUGCUGCAUAAGUUUAUGUAAAAUGUGGAACUAAUCCCCCCUCCCCCUCUUUCCAAAUUUUGUAAUACAGUGGUCUCAAACUUUGAGUGACAAGUUUAUUUAUAAUGAAAACAGACACAGACUUGUUUA